GGAGGGGGGGGCCGGAGGGGCGGGCGGAGGAGGCCUCGCGGUCCUGAGCUACCCGGGAGUUUCUACUGGAGGCAAAAGUCCACAGCGGGAGGGCUGAGGGAGGGGCGAACGAACGGGGCCGUUUGAGGGCACUGGGAGCUAGGGCCACUACGCCGGGAAGCCGGGGAUACUCCCGAGCACCGGCGCGGAGGCUGGGGGCGGGGGCGCGGUGGGAGGAGGAGUAGCAGAAGACAAAAGCCGAAAGCGAAGGGGGCCCGGGCGGCACACACCGACCGGGAGGGGGCCGUCUGCAGCGAGCAGCAGCGCGGGGCGGCCGCAGUGCACAGGGCAUCCCGGUCGGCGGGCAGCAUGGGGAAGGGGGGGAACCAGGGCGAGGGGGCCACCGAGCGCGAGGCGCCGAUGCCCACCUUCAGCUGGGAGGAGAUUCAGAAACACAACCUGCGCACCGACAAGUGGCUUGUCAUCGACCGUAAGGUUUACAACAUCACCACAUGGUCCAGCCGGCACCCGGGGGGCCACCGGGUCAUCGGGCACUACGCGGGAGAAGAUGCUACGGAUGCCUUCCGAGCCUUCCACCCUGACCUCAAUUUUGUGCACAAGUUCUUGAAGCCCCUGCUGAUUGGUGAGCUGGCCCCGGAGGAACCCAGCCAGGACCGUGGCAAGAAUUCUCAGCUCACUGAGGACUUCCGGGCCCUGAGGAAGACUGCCGAGGACAUGAAUCUGUUCAAGCCUAACCACCUGUUCUUCCUCCUCCUCCUGGCCCACAUCAUCGCCCUUGAGAGCAUUGCGUGGUUCACCAUCUUCUACUAUGGCAAUGGCUGGAUCCCCACCCUUGUCACAGCCUUUGUCCUUGCUACCUCUCAGGCCCAGGCUGGAUGGCUGCAACAUGAUUAUGGCCAUCUUUCUGUCUACAAGAAGUCCAUGUGGAACCACAUUGUCCACAAGUUCGUCAUUGGCCACUUAAAGGGUGCUUCAGCCAACUGGUGGAACCAUCGCCACUUCCAGCAUCAUGCCAAGCCCAACAUCUUCCAGAAGGAUCCAGAUGUGAACAUGCUGCACGUGUUUGUCCUGGGCGAAUGGCAGCCCAUUGAGUACGGCAAGAAGAAGCUGAAAUACCUGCCUUAUAACCACCAGCACGAGUACUUCUUCCUGAUUGGGCCACCGCUGCUCAUCCCCAUGUAUUUCCAGUAUCAGAUCCUCAUGACCAUGAUCGUUCGCAAGGACUGGGUGGACCUGGCCUGGGCCAUCAGCUACUACACCCGUUUCUUCGUCACCUACAUCCCUUUCUAUGGCGUCCUGGGAGCCCUCCUCUUCCUCAACUUCAUCAGGUUCCUGGAGAGCCACUGGUUUGUGUGGGUCACGCAGAUGAAUCACAUCGUCAUGGAGAUUGACCGCGAGUCCUACCGUGACUGGUUUAGCAGCCAGCUGGCAGCCACCUGCAACGUGGAGCAGUCCUUCUUCAACGACUGGUUCAGCGGCCACCUCAACUUCCAGAUUGAGCACCACCUCUUCCCCACCAUGCCCCGGCACAACUUCCACAAGGUGGCCCCGCUGGUGAAGUCUCUGUGUGCCAAGCAUGGCAUUGAGUACCAGGAGAAGCCACUGCUGAGGGCUCUGCAGGACAUCGUCAGGUCCCUGAAGAAGUCUGGGCAGCUCUGGCUGGAUGCCUACCUCCACAAAUGAAGCCCUCGGCACACCCACAGGGGUGAUGGCCACAAGGAAGGGUGGGCUUUUGUUCCAUGGGGUGUCCGUGAGGCUGUAGUAUGCCCCACUCGUGGACCCCAUGUUUGGUCUUUCUCCUCUCCUUCUUCCCUUCACUUCCCCCCAGACUCUGUCCUCAUGGGCCUGUCCUGUCAGCCUGGCACUCUCUCUUGGGCCUCACAGUCCUUUCUUCCCAGGAAUAGACAGGGGUCACCAUGGGAGGUGGCGCCAUCCCUGCCUCCAACCUCUGACCCUAAAGAUCAGAGGAGACCAGAGUCUGUGAGUCUGGCCUGUGGCUCCUCUCCUUGUAGCCUGGGCCUCACACUCUUCCCAUCUGUACCCCAGAUACUCUUUGGAUCCAUGGUGCAGGGUCUCAGGGUCCUAGGUGGCAAGUCUCCCCACCUCUCUGGGCCUGGCUCUGUUCUCCCCCAACAAACAUCUUUGGUCUUCCCCUCUUGUAGGGAGGCUUGACGGCUGGGACCAGUGCCUGGGGCCUCCCUUCAGAUGUCCAGGGCCCCAGGUCUGCAACACAGCCAGCUCAGACUUUGGGAUCCAAGGAAAUGUUCUCGGGUAUCCCACCACUGGAGCUCGCUGGCCCUGGGCUUAUGCGGGGCUUGGUCCACCACCUUCCCAACUUGAGCCUGUGACCUUGGCCCUAAAGGAAUAGUCCCUGGUGUGGGCUUAGCAGAAGUGAUGGCCAGGUUAGGAGUAGGGGCCACUAGCCCUGUCCAGAUGUUUGUCUUAGUUGAGAGGCCCAAGAUUCAGGAGCAAUCAGACCCUUUCCCAAAUGCACCAUCACCUGUCAACCAAUUCCUGGCUACUUGACCCACGAGGACCUGGGCCCUGCAGGCUGCACAAGGGCACUGAAGCUGGAGGUUUCAGCCCCUGCCUGAGUCAGAGCUGCCAAGGGGUAGGUGGGGGACAGCUCUCUCCUGUCUAUACUCUUAACCUGUUCUUAACCUUUUGCCCCAGGGUGCACUCUGACAGGAGCAGGUGGCAGGGCUGGGCCUGUGACAAUCGGCCUUUUACCACAUGGCCUUGCUAGCUUCUCCCUCACUCAGUGGGCUGAGCCAGGCUCGCUCACCACAGCCAGGUGGCCCCCUCAGUCAAGGCCUCUAGGCAGGAGGCAAACCUGGAAGGAGGCUCAGGAGGAGGCAGCCCUGGGCAGCCAGGGGAUGGGGAACCUCCUGAGGGCUGAGUUGGAGUUGAGAAGAGCAGGUGGGGAGUGGAGUUGGGGGCAGCUGAAGGGCUGGGUAAGUGGGAGGGAGGGGAUGUCUGGCCACUAGGAGGGAUCCUGAGCUGCUGCAUUCAAAAUCUAACCCACUAACUAAUGUUUAGAUUCAGGGGUUGGGUAGGGCAUAAAUGACUCAGAGAGGGGACCAGCAUCUAGUGUUGACAGGCCUCCAGGUUGCCAUGGCAGCAAGGCUCACCUGGACCCCCACUAGCUACCGUGUGGCAGAACGAAUCCAUAGGGAACUGAUCUUAAUUUUUAUCAUGUUGUUUCCCCACCCCUACAUUUUUGGAAAUAAAAGAAGUAAUUUUAUUCUCA